AUGUCACCGAGGAUUGUUUUCUUGCAGACUCCUCAGGGAGGGCUCCUGACAGAGCAGGAGGCACGUGUGCAGGCAGCGCUUGAAGAGCUGAAAUGUGCUGACUGUUGGCCCUGGGAGAAGUAUAGACAAGACGGGGAGACCGAGAGGUCUUCAAAGCGUGGAAUCGCCAUUGAGAACAGCCUCCUCACAGCGGAGGCGCUGUCUGGCCUUUCACAGAUUAUUUCUUGGGGAGCAACUUGGGAGCACAACAUCACAGAUGGACCUGACCUGUCUGUGUGGAAGAUGGCUGGAGUUGACUUCGUGCCAAUGAUUUGGGGCGCAGGCACCAUUCCUUUGGCCGAGGUGGGUGGAAGAUUACAGGAACAAGACAUCCAUGGCUUGUGGCUGGCCAGCGGCCUUCCGAGCUCGAGCUCGGCCUUGCUGGGAUUCAAUGAGCCGAACUUCCCGAACCAGCCGCUGAGCACUGGAAGGAUGUUGAACAAUUGGCGGCUGACUAUGGCAUUUCGACCAUCGUCAGGAGCUCAGCGGCAUAUCCCAGGAAGGAGCAGGGCACGAGAAGAGUUUGGCUUGCCUUUGCAGGUGGAUGCCAUUGGCAUCCAUGUUUUUACAUGCUACGCUGCUGGCCUGAAGUAUCACCUUGACCGCUACCGUAUUUUUGGAAAGCCAAUGUGGAUCACAGAGAUUGCCUGUUCUGACCCUGCGUCACCCGAACGCCUCUCCGCAGAGGGCCAGAUGGCAUACAUGAGGGAGGCAAUACCUCUUCUGGAGGCUGAUGAGGACGUGGCCAAGUACGCAUGGUUCAGCUACUUUAAGGAUGAGUGGGCACAUCCGAUCGUGCCUUCGCUGAAUGGAGAUGCCGGCCUGGUGCAUCCGAAUGGCACACUGACACCCCUGGGCAAUCUCUAUAAUUCCUUUGCAGCCGGAUCCAACUUGACUGAGAUCAACAUCACUGAGCCAGAGCAGCUUGCAAAUUGGAGAAUGAGAUGGAUGAUGAUGGGAGUAUGA